AUGGCUCCACCUAGCCCUGCUAGUAGAAAAAGAGGGAAUUCAUGGACAGAAGAAGGACUUAAAGCUGCAAUCAAUGCUGUGCAAAGAGGUCAACUCACUCAAAGAGCUGCAUCUUUAAGAAAGCCACAGAUUAUGAAUUCGGAACGUGCUCUAAAGUUGAAUAAGCCAAUCGUGGAACAUCAUUUUCAGUCAGUUAAAAAGUUGUAUGAUGAAUUAGACAUAUUACAGCACCAUGAGAGAUUGUAUAAUAUGGAUGAGAAGGGGUGUCGGAUAACUGUUCACCAUCAACAAACAGUGUUGGCUGAAAAGGGCAGUAAAAGAGUCCACCUUAUCGCCCCCGAAGAUGCAGAAAAGAAGAAGCAUUUUCCCCAUCAGUUUUGUCAGAAAUUCCAUGCCCAACAAGUCAACAGCCCUUACAAGAAUUUUUCAGCGAUAUCAGAAGUAACUGUGAGUGAUUUUGUAACUGCUAAUUGUCACCUUGUGGAGUACAGUUCAUCUUCUGAAUCUUCAGACGACCGACCUCCAUCACGUUCUAUUUUACCUCCAAGUGGUUCAGUAACAGAUGUACAUGGUUAUUCUUCAUCUGAAGAAGAUAACGGAAAUCACUACUUCAUCGAUAAAGGCGAUAUUACACCAAAAAAGCAAACUAUUAAUACAUUCCAAAAUAUUGAUCAAACAAAUUCUGAUGACUCUAUUUGCUCCGUCGAAGAUGAAGACAAUGUUCCAUUAAGCACAUUUAAAAAAUUUUAA